AAUGCAUCAGAUUUACAGCUGUAGCGAUGAAAAUUUAGAAGUUUUCACCACUGUGAUUUCAUCCAAAUCAUGUAGUCCAGCCAGAAGAAAAGCCAAAAGCACGCAACACAUCCUAACAAAGAGAGUGGUGGCAGUGUCUGAUUAUCGGACCUACUGGACAGAGGACUUGCUUCCAAGCCAAGGUGAUCUCACCCAAGUCCUGUACAAAGAUGCGGUGAGGAACUUUGGCCGCUUGCAGAAUGAACAGGAAGGAUUCUGUCCUGCCAAGCACAUGGGAAUUUCUGAACAAGAGUCAUCAAAAUCCUGUGAUAACCAGUCAGAUGGAAAAUCUUCUCAACCUUCGACAUCCCCAGUCACCCAUAUCAUAGUGAAACGGGCUGCAGCCACAGAGCCAGCUACACAGGACAUUGCUUCUGCAGAAGAGAAGAGCGGCCUGCAGGGCUGGAUGUGGGCAUCCUUUGAAAAACGAUUAGCCUGCCUUUGCCAUGAGUGCAUCGAGCCCACAGCAAUAGAGAUUGAAGGAGGUGGAGGGAGUCUUGUUGGACCAGAUAAGUCAGCACUAUUUUCCAUUCUGCUGCUGCUGGCCAGGGCAGGUGUUGUCUCUUUCCCUUCUGCAGAGCUCCCUGGUCACUGUGACAAAGGGAGCCAAGCUGAAAGCUUGCUGGCUGAACUGAACUGUCAAGGCAGAACUGUGCCGUGA